GGCAGCCGCAUCCGGUUUCCAACUUUGUUUGUGAGCUUUUCUUGUUUGGAUGGUUCAUUCAACGGAGUUACGGUAGUCGUCGACAGCGGAGGAUAGCAGACGCGUCUGUCAUCAUCGGCUGGCAGGCGGCUGGUGAAUGUUGCACAGACGAGCGUUGUAGCAACGGUCGAGCGUCGUAGCAACGGUCGAGCGUCGUAGCAACGGUCGAGCGUCGUAGCAACGGUCGAGCGUCGUAGCAACGGCCGAGCAACGUAGCAACGGUUGAGCGUCGUAGCAACGAUGGGCUGCUGCGGAGCAGACGACUCACAUGACCCGGACAUCCCUUGUCAGGUCGUCCUCCUCGAUGAAACCGACCUUAAAAUUGACAUACAGCCGACUACCAAGGGCCAGUUGUUGUUGGAUCGGAUAUAUCAGCACUUAAAUUUGCUAGAGAAAGACUACUUUGGCCUACGAUUUCUUGACCACUCUAAUCAAACUAACUGGCUGGAUCCAGAAAAACGGGUGUUUGAGCAAAUGCAAUGUCGACCACCUUACGUGUUUUACUUUGGUGUGAAGUUUUAUGCUGCGGACCCUAGCAAGUUGUUUGAGGAAAUUACAAGGUAUCAGUUCUACCUCCAGCUAAAGCAGGACAUCCUUCAGGGAAGACUGCCAUGUAACUUUGACGAGGCGACGGAACUCGGGGCCAACGCCCUGCAGUCUGAACUCGGCGAUUACGACGAACAGCGGCACUCCCCCGGCUACGCGUCAGAGUUUCGCUUCGUUCCCAACCAGUCGGAGGUGCUAGAGAAUCGCAUAUCGGACGUGCACAGGAAGCUGGUGGGUCUGGUGCCUGCUGCAGUUGAGCUGCGGUUUCUCAACAAAGCUAAGUGGCUGGAGAUGUAUGGGGUUGACUUACAUCCAGUGCUGGGACAAGACAAGAUUGAGUACAUGCUGGGUUUGACGCCUACUGGAAUAGUGAUCUUAAAGGAUGGUGUCAAAGUGGGCAACUACUUCUGGCCCCGCAUAACGAAACUCAAUUUUCGGGAUCGACAGUUCUUCUUACGGGUUAGAGAUAAGAAUAAUUCUGACAAUACAUACGGGUUCGACUGUAGUACACGAGAAGCAUGCAAACACCUGUGGAAGUGUGCCAUAGAGCAUCACGCAUUUUUCCGUUUGUCGCAGGUACGUGAUAAUCCAGCAGGACCUGGUAAACUAUUUUCACUCGGAUCAAAUCAUAGAUACAGUGGUCGAACAGAGGCUGAAGCACAGGAGUACCACAGGCAGCUGAGCCGGCCCGCCCCCAAGGUGACUCGUGUACCUAGUAAGAGGUAUGCACGCAGGGUACACCUCACAAAGCUCAGCGAUAACAAAGAAAAUACAGGAAGGAAAAACCAGAGUGGGCAGUUUGCAAAUGUGAUAGCUCCUGAACCAGUGCCGGUGCAUGCGCCACAGUCCACCAUUCCUUCUCCUUACUCGAUCGUCACUGAUCCGAAGGACUCGGUUAAACCGUGGGAGGAGAAAUCUGAUAGGUCUCGCGGCCUCUACUCACAUCAGGGUGACGACGUCUCCGAUAGAGGAUCUAAGCGAGGACGCUCACCGAUGUUCAGCCAAUCACGACGGCCGCCAUCCGCCAGCGAGACGGAGCCGACCGAUCGCAGAGGGCAUCGCAGUCGUAAGGGAGUAGGAUCCGGUAGCGACAGCGAUAUCUCUAUAUCGAAUCGACGACGUAGAAGGUCGAAGGAUCGGAACGGUCUGAGCAGCGGCAGCGAGUCAGAAGCGUCCGUACAGCGCCGGCGGCGACGCAGAAACAGGCAGUCUGGUGAGGACAUCCUCGUGGAUUCGGGUGCACAGUGGGAGGCAAUCCAGCUGCAGCAACAGCAGCAUGCGCAGAGAGAGGAGGCUAUACACGGACCCCAGGCGGCCGUCGUGCGGACGCUAUCUAAGGCCGGUCCCUCCCAGGAGCAUGAAAGGCGGGCACGGAAACAUCGAUCAAAGUCUCCGGUAAUCCCGCAGGAAAUACGGAAGCAAAUACAGAGAGAGCUACUGGAACCAGCCGGGUACACGACCGAGCAGCUCAGAGAUAUUCCCUACACGAAAGUUGUGACGGGCGACAAGGGGCCGCGGAUUCGCUACCACGGCAAGGACGGCAGGCGGCAGAGCGGCUACAGCAGCGGCGCCUCGACCGACCACAAGGGCGCGCCACUGCGCGACGUCGCCGAGAGGAACGGUGGCGCCCCCCUCGCGACGGCGGAGUCGACGGGCAGCCUGCCGCGCAGUCACGUGAGCGGCGCUGAGCGGAAGAGAGGAGGGCGGAGUGGUCAGGUACUGCCCGCGGCCACCAGCAGCCCGACAACCAAACACAAGUCGCAGAUGCCGAGGGGUCCGUACAUAGCGUCUGCCGGCGUUCCCGUGGCAACCAGCAUCGCUGUCAAGGCAGCGGCGCCCGUCCGACGCCCGCACGAGAUGUGGACGGAGCUGUGAGGCUGUUACAUCUACUGGUUGCAUGCCCCCUGCUGAUGCUGGAUGGAGCUGUGAGGCUGUUACAUCUACUGCUUACACGCCCCCUGCUGAUGCUGGAUGGAGCUGUGAGGCUGUUACAUCUACUGCUUACACGCCCUUCUGCUGAUGCUGGAUGGAGCUGUGAGGCUGUUACAUCUACUGCUUACACGCCCCCUGCUGAUGCUGGAUGGAGCUGUGAGGCUGUUACAUCUACUGCUUACACGCCCCCUGCUGAUGCUGGAUGGAGCUGUGGGGCUGUUACAUCUACUGCUUACACGCCCUGCUGCUGGACCGACCUGUGGGGCUGUUACAUCUACUGCUUACAAGCCCCCUGCUGGGAGUUGAAGCUCAAACCGCGACCGACUGUUGUUUUCGAAGAAAACACAGCCUCUGACCCUGCAGGAAGGUGACAACAACAUUCGACCUCCUCUCUUUCUCUCUCUCUGCAACGCUCCCUGCGUGACGGAAAAACGCAGGGAAAGGCAAGAGCCGAUUUCGUCGUGGGACACAGCCACAGUUGUAAAUGUGGCGUGUGCAGUGUGCUAGACAAAAACACACAAUGACACGCGAGCCUAUAUAUAUAUACACACACCCUUGAACAUAUCCUGAAACAUAUCCAUGACAAUAUAUUAUAUAUCUAUAUCUAUAUCUAUAUAUAUUAUUUAUAUAUCUAUAUAUAUGACAUUCUAUAUAUAUAUAGUUAUAGCACACCGUUUGUUGUAUUACGUGGCGCGCCACAAUCACGCUUGAUUAAAGGCGCAUCACUGUAUAUGUAGGCAUACGCGUAAUUACGAGUGUUCACAUUACCACUUAUAUGUGUGAGUGUUUGAGGU